AUGGGUGAAACAGAGGAUAUCACUUUACCUAAGGCUACGGUUCAGAAGAUUAUAUCUGAGGUUUUAGACUCGGAGUUGACGUUUAGUAAGGAGGCGAGGGAGAUAAUCAUUGAUGCGGGGAUUGAGUUUAUCAUGAUAUUGUCGGGGAUGGCGUCUGAGAUGGCGGAGAGUGAGGCGAAGAAGACUAUUGCACCGGACCAUGUUAUCAAGGCGUUACAGGAGCUUGAGUUUGAGGAGUUUAUACCAUAUUUGGAGCAGAUACUGGCGCAGCAUAAGGAGAAUCAGAAGAUUCGAGAGAGGCGGGAUGCCAAGUUUAAGAAGUCGGGGUUGUCUGAGGAGGAGUUGCUGCAGCAGCAGGAGGAGUUGUUUAGACAGUCUAGAUCUAGGUUUCAGCAGAAUAGUGUUUCGGGUACAUCAGGUGGUGAGGGGUCGGUGGGGAAGUCAGAGCAUAUUUAG